UUUUAGCGAAUAAUGUUCACUAAUAAUACGAUUUUAUCCCUUAUGUGGGGUUGGCAAUAACACGACCCGACCCGACCAACCUAAAUUUGACCCGAUUUGACCCAAAUUUCAUAUUUCAUAAUAAUACGAAAUAUUAAGUUUUGCACUAUAAUUUGACAGUUUUUAAGCAUAACUCGAAAUUGAUCGGAAAUCUCACCCAAACCCGACUCGCUGACCCGAAUUGCCACCCCUACCCUUAUGUUACCGUCAGGGAUGUAUUACUUGUUUGCUUCCUUAUUGCUAAAAAAAAAUAAAAAAUAAAAAAUAAACCUAAGCUAAACGCCUAAACCCCAACCCUCUUUCUCUCUCCUCAAAACCUUAAACCCUCCCUCUUCUCCUCCAACAUCCCACUAAACAAUGGCGUCCAAAAAAACCAAAACCGCCGCCACCACCACCACCGCCAUCACUGGAAUCCAGAAGAAGCGUGACAAACGCAGCCUAUCAAACCCUAAAACCAAAAAAGCCAAAACCACCGCCGCCGGAAGCCAGAACAAUCUCGACGAAAGCAGUCAAUUAGAGCACGUUCAACAACUAGCUCAACAACUCCUCUCCUCAGCAGCUUACAGCAACAAUCUCCAUCAUCUUCUCACUUACAUCACCCCUUCUUCUCCUCCUUCUGUCGUCGUCGAUUCUGUUCUCUCUCUUCAAUCCUUCUUCCACGUUAACAUCCACGAUCUUCCUGCUUCCUCCAAUGCCGCCGCCGCCACCGCCGCAAACUCCGACACUUCCGACCCCGAUUUCAUUUACAAAACUUGGCUUCGCUCUAAAUUCGACGACCUCGUCAAAUCGUUGCUUGAUAUCGCGGUUUCUCCUCUAUCUGAUCAACUUGCUCGUAUUGAAUCUGGGUUCAUUCCAGUUGGUGAAAUCGUAUUGGCUACAUUAAUGGAGUUUGUGAAGCUUGGAAAUGGCAAAAAGUUUUAUUCUGCUUUAUACCAUAAGCUUAUUCAGACAAUUAUUUAUUCGUCGUUGGAUGCUGAAUUCGUACUCGAAACCUUAGCUUCAAAAUAUUUCAAGUACGUCGAUGUACGUUAUUUUACCUAUAUUACAGUUGAAAAACUCUGUAAAACAUUGGAGUCCAACAGUAGUUCAGGUGGUAAAGCUGGGAUUAAAGACAAAGAUGAUUCCAAGGCAAGCCUAGAGUGCUCAAUAAAGAAGAUUCAUUUUAUCUUAUCUCACAUUCCUCCUUUGGGCAACGUGGAUGAAAGUAAUGCUAUUGAGAUGUUGAGUGCAGGUUUCUUAUCUAAAGAAGGUCAGCAGGAGGAGGCUAAGCAUAAAGAAGGGAAAGAUAAACAGAAAAAUAGAGCAAAAAUUACCAAAAAUGAUGUUCCUUUGAGCAGUGUCUCAAAAAAGAUGAAACUUAAGUUCACAAAGGCAUGGAUGUCAUUUCUUAGGUUACCACUUCCUCUUGAUGUCUACAAGGAGGUGCUUGUUAAUCUGCAUCAGGAAGUCAUUCCCUAUUUGUCCAAUCCUGUCAUGUUAUGUGACUUUUUGACAAGGUCCUAUGACAUUGGUGGAGUAGUUAGUGUUAUGGCUCUAAGUGGUCUUUUCAUUCUUAUGACAAAGUAUGGCUUGGAGUAUCCCAACUUUUAUGAGAAACUUUAUGCUCUUCUGAUACCCUCUAUAUUUAUGGCAAAACAUCGUGCGAAAUUCUUUGAGCUGCUCGAUUCCUGUUUGAAAUCACCACUUCUUCCUGCAUAUCUGGCAGCUGCUUUCACAAAGAAGUUGAGCAGACUCUCGCUUACAGUCCCUCCUUCUGGGGCACUGGUUAUUAUUGCUUUGGUCCACAAUCUUUUGCGGAGACAUCCAUCAAUCAACUGUUUGGUUCAUGGGGAAACCGGUGAAGAUAUAAAAGAUGGUGACAAAAAAUCUGAGCAAGAGCGUGUUAAUUCUGAUGGAAAUGCUAGUGUUGACUCUGAUGUGGCCGGAGGAAAACAAGGUGUUGAUCUGUUCAAUAAUGAAGAAAGUGAUCCGUUAAGGUCUAAGGCCAUGAGGAGCUCUCUUUGGGAGAUUGAUACUCUGCGUCACCAUUAUUGUCCGCCUGUUUCACGAUUUGUUCUAUCACUCGAGAAUGAUUUGACAGUGAGAGCGAAAACUGCAGAAGUAAUGAUAGGUGACUUUAGUUCUGGUUCAUAUGCUACAAUAUUCAGGGAAGAGAUGCGAAGAAGGGUAAAGCAAGUACCUCUUGCAAAGAAAGCACCGCAAACUUCUUUGUUUUCAGAAAGUCAUUUUCCGGGCUGGUCAUUCAAUUACGAUGGAAGCAAAAUCAAUGAAGAGGUGAAGAGUUAGUUUUGUUGUAGAAAAUGUAUUUUUGCUUUUAAUAUAUAUUGAGACCACAAAUAUUCAAUUUUGCCGGAACCUAUAUGCUUCCAUGUACUAAAUUCCAAUGUUGGGUUUUGCCUUCAUUUAAUUUGUUUUCUUUGACCAGAGAAAAGAUAAAAUGUUCAA